AUGAUGCUAGGAAAAGAAAAAGUAGUUUUAUUAGCCAAGGGAAAGUACGCAGGAUGCAAGGCCGUCAUAGUUGACGAGAUGAAAAAAGGCGAGUGCUUCGAGUAUGUAACAAUCAUUGGUCUGGCCAAGGCUCCCAUGCCCGUGGCAGAGAACAUGACAGAGAGACAGAAGAAGAGAAAGGAGUCUAUCAAGUGCUUUGUGAAGAGAAUGAACAUCAGACACUUGAUGGCCACCAAAUACGCAAUGGAGAAUGUUUUUGAUAAGAUAGAGCUGACUGAUGUAACCGACAUGUCAGAGAAGGUAGAGCUACUGAGAGAAGCCGAGAAACUGUUCAAAGCAGCAUACGUCAACAAUCCAAACCACUGGGUAUUUAAAAAGCAAAUAGUCUAA